CCUCCUCUGAGAAGCUGCAGCAAUGAAGGCCCUAUCGCUCACUUUCCUCUUCCUCCUUAUUGCAGCCAAUGAAGCCAAAGUAUUUACCAAAUGUGAACUGGCUUCACGUCUGAAAAAGGCAGGCAUGGAUGGAUAUUACGGCUACAAAUUGGGCAACUGGAUCUGUAUGGCCUAUCAUGAGAGCAGAUACAACACCCAAGCUGUGGGGCCACCAAACACGGAUGGCAGUCGCGACUAUGGGAUUUUCCAGAUAAACAGCCGCUGGUGGUGCAAUAAUAACCAGGGCCCUACAGCUAAUGGCUGUCAUAAGCCUUGCAGUGCUUUCACAACUGAUGACAUCACAGAUGAUAUUAUUUGUGCUAAGAGAAUUGUGCGUGAUCCCCAAAGGAUGGAUGCCUGGGUUGCCUGGAGGAACCACUGCAAAGGAAGAGAUCUGUCACAAUGGACUCGUGGCUGCCGGCUCUGAGAUGGAUGAUCCUGCAUUUCUCUUCUGCAUUUCCCUUCCUCCUCCUGUCAUGAAAAUGAUACUACUUCUUAUACCGUAUAACCAAUCUUUCACAAUUCGAUGCGAUGUGUGUACCCCAGAAGCUGGGAAGAACAAGUUUCUUUGCAUACAAAUGAUGAUUUUAAAUCUCUUUUAAACUCUUCAAAUAUUGCUUGAAAAUGUUCAAUAAAAUGAAUAUUCUGCA